AUGGACGAUAGAAUGCAAGCACAAAUUCGUUCGUGGUUGGAAGAGGAUUCUGGUGAUGAGUUGGAUGCAGAUCUUGAAAAUGGGGAACAAUAUCGUGUUGACACCAUAGAAAGCGAUAGUUCUGUCAUCCGUAGUCCUCACGAAACUGAUACGGAGCAUUCGUCGGAUGAAAACGAUGCUGAUAUUUCUACUCCCGCGACUUAA